GGAGGAGGAGGCAGCAGGAAGAAAGGGGGGUUGGGAGGUAGUGUCCCGUCCGUCGGCGCAGACAGCUCUCCCAAACCUCGGACUCCCCCAGUCCCACCGCGGCCGAGCGCCCUAUAGGGCGAGAAGGGAAGUCCAAAAAGUGCUGGAGUAGAGGGAAGAAAAUUCAAAACGAGUCUACUCAACCUCGUCUUGGCUCCGAGGCCCCGCCAUGGAGACCCUCACAGUGCGCAGGCGCACCCCUCCGGGAGCGCGCAGCGCAGUCGCUCGAGAUAAGACCACUAUCAGCCACCGUCGCGUUUCCCUUCUGAUUCGUUCUUUCUUUCGUAUCCCCUCCUCUCACCUGGAUCUAAAGCUUGAAGCUAGUGGCGAAACACCAAGAAAAAUCUCGGCAAGCCAUGGCUCAGCUCCAGACACGCUUCUUCACUGACAACAAAAAAUAUGCGGUAGAUGAUGUUCCCUUCUCGAUUCCUGCAGCCUCUGAAAUUGCUGACCUUAGUAACAUCAUCAAUAAAUUGCUGGAGGCCAAAAAUGAGUUCCACAAACAUGUGGAGUUUGAUUUCCUUAUCAAGGGCCAGUUUCUGCGAAUGCCCUUGUUCAAGCACAUGGAACUGGAGAACAUCUCAUCAGAAGAGGUUGUGGAACUUGAGUACGUGGAGAAGUAUACUGCACCUCAGCCAGAACAAUGCAUGUUCCACGAUGACUGGAUCAGUGCAAUCGAGGGAGCAGAGGAAUGGAUCUUGACUGGUUCUUAUGAUAAGACUUCUCGGAUCUGGUCCUCAGAAGGAAAGUCAAUAAUGACAAUUGUGGGACAUACAGACGUUGUAAAAGAUGUGGCCUGGGUGAAAAAAGAUAGUUUGUCUUGUCUGCUACUGAGUGCCUCUAUGGAUCAGACCAUUCUCUUAUGGGAGUGGAAUGUGGAGAGAAACAAAGUGAAAGCCCUGCACUGCUGCAGAGGUCAUGCUGGAAGUGUGGAUUCUAUAGCUGUUGAUAGCACAGGAACCAGAUUUUGCAGUGGCUCCUGGGAUAAGAUGCUAAAGAUUUGGUCUACAGUCCCUACAGAUGAAGAAGAUGAGAUGGAAGAAUCCACAAAUCGACCAAGAAAGAAACAGAAAACAGAGCAAUUGGGACUAACAAGGACUCCCAUAGUGACUCUCUCUGGCCACAAGGAAGCAAUUUCCUCGGUUCUGUGGUCAGAUGCUGAAGAAAUCUGCAGUGCAUCUUGGGACCACACAAUCGGAGUGUGGGAUGUUGAGUCUGGCAGUCUGAAGUCAACUUUGACAGGAAAUAAAGUAUUUAAUUGUAUCUCCUAUUCACCACUUUGUAAACGUUUAGCAUCUGGAAGCACAGAUAGGCACAUCAGACUGUGGGAUCCCCGAACUAAAGAUGGCUCUUUGGUGUCACUGUCUCUAACCUCACAUACAGGCUGGGUCACUUCAGUAAAGUGGUCUCCUACUCAUGAGCAGCAGCUGAUUUCAGGUUCUUUAGAUAACAUUGUCAAGCUAUGGGAUACAAGAAGUUGUAAGGCUCCUCUCUAUGAUCUGGCUGCUCAUGAAGACAAAGUUUUGAGUGUAGACUGGACAAACACAGGGUUACUUCUGAGUGGAGGAGCAGACAAUAAAUUGUAUUCCUACAGAUAUUCACCCACCACAUCCCAUGUGGGGGCAUGAGAGUGAAUGAUAAUUUGACAAGAAAGAUUCCUUCUGUAAAUGAAAUCGAUAGAGAAUUCUCAGAUUACAUCAAUGCAGCUGUAGGAAGCAGCUUUUUAGAUUAAAGGUUAUGUACUGUUUCACCCUUGAUGGUAGUUAUCACUGUCUUUUUAUUUAUUUUGUAUUUAUUAUACAACAGUUGUGUUUGUUAAGUAUAAAACCUGGCCUGCAUUCUCUACCUUAUGAAAACCCUUGAGAUUAAAACUGGGUUUUUAAUUUCUUUUUUAAAGGUGUUGAUUUAAGAUUUGUUUUUGAAAUGCUAUAAAAGCAUAUAUUAAAAAUAUAGGAAUUGUUCAGACUAUCAUAUCUGGGGAGAAACUUUUUAACAUUAACUUUUCCCCAAAAAAAGCAUCUUAAAAAACUAAUAAACUUUAAUAGAGAAAAAAUUCAAAAUAUAAUCUGCAUUUGGUAAAAUAAGUGAUGUCUAUAUAAUAUUUUUUUAACCAAAGUACAUUUGAUUUACAGUGUUCUUUCUAUUUCUGUUGUACAGCAUACAUAUAUGUACAUUCUUUUUUUCUUUCUUUUUUUUUUUCAUACUAUCUUCCAUUAUGUUCUAACCCAAGAGAGUGGACAUAGUUCCCUGUGCUGUGCAAUAGGACCCCGUUGCUUGUUCAUUCCACAUGUAACAGACUGCAUCUACUAACCCCAAACUCCUUAUUCAUCCCAUUCCCUCCCCACUCCCUCCCAGCAACCACAGGUCUGCUCUCCAUGUCUGUGAAUCUGUCUCUGUUUUUAGAUAGGAUCAUUUGUGCCAUAUUUUAGAUUCCACACAUGAGUGAUAUCAUAUGGUAUUUGUCCUUCUGUUUCUGACUCACUUGACUUAGUAUGAGAAUCUCUAGUUGUAUCCGUGUUGCUUCAAGUGGCAUUAUUUUGUUCUUUUUAAUGGCUGACUAGUAUUCCAUUGGAUAUAUGUACAUCUUCUAUAUUUAAAAAUUAAUAAAUUUUAAUAGAGAAAAAUUUUGAAAAAUAAUCUACAUUUGGUAAAAAUAAGUGAUGUCUAUAAUAAAGUUCUUUAUAGGCAUUCAGAACAUUAAAUGUUGCCACUUAAUUAAGAAUUCGUUGAAAUAGUUUACGUGAAGUACUCUGUAUUAAAUAUACAGCAGAAUCCUUUAGAAAUAGCAUAUAGAUCUCCUGGUAACCAGGAAUCUCUCUCCUUAUCCUUGUAUAUGGGUAAGAAUAGAUUCCUUAGACAAAAACUUUCCGUCAGUAUUAGAUGAAAACAUUCUAAAACUUUUGUGGCAUUAGCUUUUAUCUGAAUUCAUACCUUAUAUAAAGUAAGUGUCUUAAAAUGUGACUUUAAUGGAUUGGUGUUUCUCAGCAGAACACUUUAGCCUCUAAGUAAUAUGUGGGAAAUAGUUUGGUCUCAUCAUUAAAUUCUAAUGCCAUGUAUCUCACAUGAUGUUCCUAUCACAGAGUUCCAGAAAACAACUGCUGUAACUUGACUGCAGUUGAGAGCCAGAUUGACAGUGGAUCACACCAAGUGGGAGAUUAGUUCUCUUAGGGGUAGAAGUCAGAGGCAGUCCGGUUUGGUUUUGUGGUUUUGUUUCAUAUUCCUUAGGGACCCAGGCUCCCUCUACCCUGAUGAUAGGGUCCUCAUUCUCACACAGUCCAAGAGCCAGAGCUCCAGGUAUAUUCAUUCCUUAAGAAAUAAUAUAUUUUAAUGCCCAAGAAAUGAAUAAAGGUAGUCGUAAAAUUCACACACAAAGUCUGUUUUUCUCCUUUGGGGCAGACAGGUGUAGAUUUCAUCAUAUCUGCAGUCUCUGGAAAUCUAAGUUUCAGAGCACAAAGAUGACUUUAUAGUGCUGUUCUGGGUGGUCUCCGAAUGAACCUUGAAGGCAGAGUUAUUUAAAAUCUCUUGUAACUCACCCAGUGUACUCCUCACAUGUAGCAUGCAUACACGAAUGGUUAAAGAUGCCUAUUUCUUAGAUAAAGGACAAGCAAGGAAGUGGCAUCAAGUACUAGUCCGUAGCCUAUUCAUGGUUUAGGCAUUCUCCUUUGAAAUGAAUUAACAUGAGUGACCAAGUGUCUUAGAGAAGGAUUGUCUGAUAGAUUUCUGCCACACUUCUCUUCUUACAUAACUCAAGUGGUUAGAUCUUAUUCCCCAAAUCAGAACAUGAGAGGCCAACAGAAGCCUAGAAGAUUUUAAGUCCUCUUAAAACGUAGCUCUCUCCUAUUCCCCAUCCUCCAAGUUUUCUUUAAAAGUAGGAGUCUCCCUUGGAGUUCCCGUCGUGGUUCAGUGGCUAACGAAUCCGACUAGGAACCAUGAGGUUGUGGGUUCGAUCCCUGGCCUCGCUCAGUGGGUUAAGGAUCUGGCAUUGCCAUGAGCUGUGGUGUAGGUUGUAGACGAGGCUCAGAUCCUGAGUUGCUGUGGCUGUGGUAUAGGCCGGGAGCCACAGCUCUAAUUAGACCCCUAGCCUGGAAACCUCCAUGUGCUACUGGUGCGGCCCUAGAAAGGACAAAAAAAAAAAAAAAGUAAGAGUCUCCCUUUCCAUAGUCCAUUUUCCUCCAUUUUAGAUGCACCAGAGACGAGGGGCUUACAUAGGCUUAUUUGCUCCUAAGACUCACUUUGUGAAAUGAUAAGCACUGCUUUCCUAGCGUUGAGAGAGGUUUGAAAAAAGACAGUGCAGUGUUCAGGACCUGCAGACCAGUACAGUGUGAUUUAUGCUGUCUUGCCAUAGUAAUGCAGUUCAUUAACAUGUGGAUACUUGCUCUUACCUAAUCAAAAAAAGGUUUUGUGUGUGUGGUUUUUUGUUGUUGUUUGUUUGGCUGUGCCUGUGCUGUGCCCAGGCCAGGAGUCAACCUGAGCCACAACAAUGACAACACCAAAUACUUAACUGCUAGGCCACCAGGGAAUUCCUUAAACAAAAUUUUAAGAAAUUCUUAGCAUUUAAGAACAGCCUUCCUAAUUUUAAAGUUAGGCUCAAAAUACUCCCUAAUUGCUAAAAAAAAGUCAGUUUGAGGAAUAAGGCUGACCUUCCACCAAGUACCAGGGUCUCUGAUGGGGUGGGGAAAAGGGAAAAAAACACAAACAUGUGUAAGACAUGGAGAGUACCUUCAAAAAGAUCACAUUCUGGGAGUUCCCAUCGUGGCACAGUGGAAAUAAAUCUAACUAGGAACCAUGAGGUUGCAGGUUCAAUCCAUGGCCGUGCUCAGUGGGUGUGGGAUCUGGGGUUGCUGUGAGCUGUGGUGUAGCUUGUAGAUGUGGUUCAGAUCCUGCCUUGCUGUGGCUGUGGCGUAGGCCAUCAGCUGUAGCUCCUGAUUGGACCCCUAGCCUGGGAACCUCCAUAUGCCACUGUAUCUAAAAUGGAGGAAAAUGGACCAGGUGCAGCCCUAAAAAGAAAAAAGAAAAAAAAAAAAAUCACAUUCUCACAUGGGAGGUGCUUAAUUAAAAGUUACAACACUGUCCUAAAUGCAAAAAAAAAAAUGUAAACCUAAGGUAGAAAGGAAACAGAAGGGAGCAAUUUGCUUUGCGUGGAGCAAGUUGGCUGUCAAGAAAGGUAUGUAGAAGAGUGACGUUUGAGCCAGAUUUGGGCAGAUAAUUGGCUGGGAAGAUGGUGAAGCAGGUUAUUUUUGGCAGGGAAAGCAGCCCAGAGGCAUCAGAAAUGAUAGCACAGAAAUACUGUGAAGGAAGAAAAGCAUAAUAUUUCUUCAUAUGUUAAGAAGUUUCAUUUUGUUUUCCUCUUAAAUAAAGCUGCCUUCUAGGUCUUAUCUAAGAUAUAAUGAUCUUAUAUUGGAAAUUAUGAAAAUUAAACCUUGCUGUGAUGAUCACCUAGAGAUUAUUAAGGUAGAAAUUUGAGUGACUUAAGAUUUUUAUUCUACAUAAAAUGUUUUAUAGCUUUUCUGAGUAGAUAACCAAUAUUUGCUUUUUCAUAUCCUUCUCUGAGUUUAGAGUGACCAUUUUGCAACUGUUAUCAACAGUGCAUAAUAAUUUAUUGGAAUGCUAGCAUUAACGGGGAAAGAACAAAUAAAAGUUUAAAUUGACAUAAAAUACGCAUAAUUGCACAAACAGUUAUGAAAGGCAAAACAUACUAUCUGGGGGUUUCUCAUAAUAACACCGAAAUCUGUCUUUUAAGAAUACUUUUGAUGUAUUAUACUUUUAAAAAAUCAGUUGCUUAUAAUGAGAAAUAUUAACCUUUGAUAUAUAUUACCAUAGCUCCUAAAAGGGAAAAAAUAUGACACUUUAAGACUAUGCAUGUGUUAAGGGAUACUCAAUAUCUUUUUUUAUUUAAAAAAAAAAAAGCCACUAAUUGGAAUCAGGUUUCAUUAGGCAAUUGAUAUCCAACUUUGCUAAUCAGAAACUGCCAGGUAGAAAAACAGCAAGAACUUAUAGUCAUUUUAAUACUGACAUUUUUGCCACCACAGACUUCCAGUAAUAACCAUAUUAAUAAUGUAAAUUAUUAUUUUGUUAUAUAAGCCAAAUCUAUCUUGAAUACAACUUAGUAGAAAAGGGGUUUGGGGAGUUCGGUUAAUAGAAUUAGAUUGGCUAUCUUUGUUCCAAUAUUAGUUCCACCAAUUCUCAGUUUUGAGGAAGUAAAUCAUUUUCUGGUGGUAUCUACAAAAACAGCAGAAAACUUUCUUACUAUAAUGUUAAGUCCUCUGACAUAGGUACUGAAUGAUGUAUGUUUUAAAGAAGGCAAAUAUGUUAGAAAGUUAUUUGACCAGAUUUCAUACAGCCAUGAAUGGCAGAGUAAGAAUCUGAAUUUGGAUUUAUCUGAGUCUAGAGCUCAAGUUCUUAACCAGUGCAUAUUCUGCCUGUUCUUCAGUCAUGUGCACAAUGAUUUUAUACAUGGAAGGAAAAAGUGUGAACAUGUCUUCACCCACAUGAAAGAAAGGUUAUAUAUAGGCAUUUAUGGUACCAAAUUACCAUGUUAUGUUCAGCUUUGCAUGUUUUUGCCUUUAAAAUUAAUUUUAGUAUAUCACUAAAUGUAUUAGCAGAAUAGUAUGUAAAUGUGCUGUAUUUUCAUAUAGGAAUUGUAUAUAAGCAAAAAGGAACUUUAGAAAUUAUCCUGUUACUCAUGUCAUUUGAAUUAUCAUGUUAUUCAUGCUAUUAAAGGAAACCGCAGCCCAGGCAAGUUAAAUACUAGUGUGAAGGUUUAUAGUCAGUUAGUGAUAGAGGUAAGAGAUGUGCUUCUGAGUAAUAAAGACUACAGAGAAAUGAUCUUGUUAGGUAUAAUCUGAUAGAAAGUCACGUCAAACAAUUCUGUGUAUAGUUAUAUGCCUGGGACUUAUGUUAAUACUAAAUACAGUUCAGUGGUUGUUUCAGGGGGAGGAAAUACUUCUUUAUAUGUCUGUAACAUUUCACAUUAAAAAAUUCAUUUCAAUAA